CGCUUUGAACUCCACCUCAGCAAUAUGAACUGUUAACAUGGCUGACAGCCGCAGAACGCGGAUGAAAAAGCGAUUAAUACAUUAAAAAGACAUCAAGGCUAACACACUGUUCAACACAAGCAUGGCGAGCUUUAGGGGGCAGAUAUCAUGUUGAAGCAGCCCAGGGCUCCCGGCUCAGGGGCAUGUUGACAAAAGGGGAAAUAUUCCGGCAGCGGUACCAAACUCCGCGGUGUCAUCUGUUGAUAGAGAAGCGGCGAUCUGAGCCGGGCGGAUAUCUCCCCCACCCCCCUCACACACACGGCUCCUCCGGCCCCCGACCCCCGGCGAGUCUGCGCUCCCUCCCUGUCCGGGAACCCCUGUCUCCCUCAUCUGCCGGGGCUCGGGGUGCCUCUCUCACUGAUCAUACAGUCGCACCCCACUGUCCUGCCCCGCACCGCACCCCAGCGGCUCCCUCCUCCCCUCCCCUCCUCCUCUCCCUCCUCGCCUCCCCUCCCCUCCCCUCCCCGACCGGAGCGGGGCAGAUCCCGCCGCCGAGCCCGGAGCCAGUGUGCGUGCGAUGCUGAGCCCGCGAGUGCGGCUUGCGGUGUGAGAUCGCUCCGCUCCGCUCUCAGCAUCAGCAGCCGGGCAGACAAAGAGCGGAAAUCAGGUCCAGGCGGCAGCAGGACGGCCAGGCGCUCUCGGCACCCCCUCCCCGCACACACCGGACAGUCUCUCUCCCCACCCCCCCAGCCACCCCGUCAGCCAGCAGCUCGUCGAGGAAAAGCACGCGUCCAAACUGGGAUCUAUGAGCGGGAAAGUGACCAAACCAAGGGAAGAGAAAGAUGCUGCCAAAGUUCGAGAUGACGCUGUCCCUGACACACAGGAUUACUAUGUGUUGCAUCGAGACUCUAUCCAAUCCGCGGAUGUUAAGAAAAAAGAGUCUCCGUUUCGUGCUAAAUGUCACGAAAUCUUCUGCUGCCCUCUGAAGCAAGUCAACCACAACGAAAACACAGACCUGGAAGAGCCUCAGCUUAAAGGCAUUAUUACAAAGUUGUACAGCAGACAAGGCUACCACUUGCAGUUGCAACCAGAUGGUGUCAUCGAUGGCACAAAGGAGGAAGGCAGUAGUUACACUCUAUUCAACCUCAUACCGGUGGGUCUUCGAGUUGUUGCCAUCCAAGGCGUGAAAACAGGUCUCUAUUUGGCAAUGAACAAUGAGGGGUACCUAUACACAUCAGAACACUUCACCCCCGAGUGCAGGUUCAAGGAGUCAGUGUUUGAAAACUACUAUGUGACCUACUCAUCCAUGUUGUACAGACAGCAGCAGUCUGGCAGAGGCUGGUACCUGGGGCUCAACAAGGAGGGCGAAAUCAUGAAGGGGAACCACGUGAAGAAGAACAAACCAGCUGCCCACUUCCUCCCCAAACCACUAGAAGUUGCCCUCUACAGAGAACCGUCACUCCACGAGCUGGCAGAAGUUCUGUCGCGUUCAGGCACCCCCACCAAAAGCAGAAGUGCCUCGGCCGUGCUAAACGGGGGCAAGGCCGUGAGUCAGACGGAAUCAACGUAGCCGGGUGGAGAGACUGCCAGGUUCAGGCACAUCGCCAGUGGAUGCUCUCAACCCAUUACUAGCAGACACUCUCUUUCUGUUGUAAAAUGAUUCAGGAAACCAGCCGCUGAGCUGGGUAGAGUCGCUCUCCUGUCAGCCUUUUAGGUCUUCUGGUUUUUCUGGGGGUGGAUUAAUCCCAAUAAUUUUAGCUGAGAAAACGCUUGUGCAACUCUCCAGACACCUGGAUAGCCAACGGAACCUCAUUUUGGAAAAGCGGCGCAACAGAAGAAAUGCCCCAAUUGUCCCGACGUGUGACUUUUCUCUGGGAAAAGAAUCAUUCAAAGUAUCACACCUUGUUCGCCAGCUGAAAGCAAGUCACACUUCAGCAUCGAACACAUACACAGACUACAUUGGCUGUCACCAGAGGAUUGUAGAUGCCUUUGGGUUUUACUAAAGGAAUGAGGAACACACAAAAACUAAUUGCAUCAUGUUCUUGGCUCAAUGCUGUUCGACCCCACCUGGUACACUAGCAUCUAGUUUCUUUUCUUCAUAGGUAGUGUUUUGCUAUACUGCAGUUCUAUCGUUUUUUUUAUACUCCAACAAAUUAAUAGAAUCUCUUUCAAAAACUAUUCAGGGUUGUUAACUCAAAAACAGACAGGAAUGAAGCCGCAUCUCAGGCUAAUUAUACCAUGGUUCAAAGUGUAACUUACAGCAAUCUUGAGGAAAGGGUUUAUAGAUUUGUAGUAACAAUAAUAUAAUAGUGCAACGCCUAGAAUACGGAAAUCUAUUGGUUAGCAAAUUACACCCUUGUGACUUGUUCUCACCUCGUGAUUUGCACUUUGACCUUUAUUGUGGUGACUUUUAUUCUUAAAGAAACUGUAGAGUUUUGGGUGACUUCAUUUUUAUAACAAAGAAGAAAGUCCUAUUUGUAACACACUACCAGACAUUCUUUUAUUGUACUGGGCAUGGUGGGAAUUGUUGUGAAUGAAGUUUCCUAUGGGGAGUUUACCCUAAACUCAUCCUAGUACAUGCUACACAAAGGUUGUUGUUAUUCUGUCUAUUAGUUUAGACUUUCAUUUUAAUUUAUUCGUUGCAUGGGAGAAAGCUGGUAAUAAUGGAAUAGAGUUGCAUGACUUAGGAUUUGUGUGUUAAACAUGUUGGAUAACCUGCUCCAAGCAUUUCAUGGGUUCUAAUUACGAGCAGUUUCUCUGCUUCUUUACUGUUGACUUGUUUAUUAUUUGUUGUACACACCAACAGAUGCACUG